AUGUCCGCAGUCCCCAUCCAGAGCUCUUCACCAUCCAAGCCUUCUCCGUCGAAGCCGCUCAAGAAGCCGAAGCUGACCCAUUUCCUCGCUCUUCCAAUUUGCUUCGAAACUUCAAGACUCCAAUUGGCUACUUCGCUGUCGCGCUUCACGAAUCUUGUUGCCGUCUCCGAGACACGCCAUAAGUCCCAUAAAAAGCGCAAAGAAUCGAGCAAAGGGGAAGAGGCAGCAGAUCAAAGCGAUGAGAGAAUCAAAAAUCAACUCUCGAUCCAAGUGAAGGAAGAUCAUGCCUGCCCGAGCCUUGAGGAUAACCCUGUUGCGGAAUCUCAAGGUCAGGAAAGAGAGGAAAGUCUUCACGCAGAUGUCGAUACGGCACUCCAAGCAGGUGAAAGCCCAGCUGAAAGAGCGAAGGGCAAGGAUGGUGUCGAGCACGAAGGGCAGGCGGAGGACGAGCGGGUCCCUAAGGCAGCGAUUCGCAAGCCGGGCAGUCUACAUUUUACAUUGGGAGUCAUGAGCUUGGAGACGUCUGAGAAGGUGGAGGAGGCUGUUCGCUUCUUGAAAGGAUUAGAUCUUACUUCUAUGGCAAAAGAGGCCAUCGAGGUGUCUGAAAAGGGCAAAACAGAGAAUGGGGGAACGGCUGAUGAAAGGACAGCGAGUGGAAAGUAUGCCAGUCCAUGUGCAGGUAGAGAAAUUGAAAAGAUUGAAUCUGAGAAUGCCGAGCUUGAUGUUCAGAAAAGCGAGGAUUUCAUGUCCUCCAGAUCUGAAUCGCAGCAACAGCACCAGUCUAUCAAAACACACCCUUUCACCAUCAGCCUGACAGGGCUGAAAGCUCUCCCCUCGCCAAAGAAAGCAACGAUUCUCUACGCCUUCCCAACCCCCUUACAACCGCUCCAAUUCUUUACAGCUAAAUUGCACAGCGCCUUUUCUGAAGCUGGCUUCUUAUUACCUGAUACGCGGAAGCUAUUGCUACAUGCUACGAUCGUGAAUACGAUUUACGCUCUUAAAGGAGGGCGGAAGGGGAAGGGGAAGGUCAAGGUAAAGGGGAGAUUGACGAUCGAUGCUCGGCGGAUUUGCGAAGAGUGGAAGGCUGUGAUGUGGGCGGAGGAUGUAAGGGUAGAUAGAGUGGGUUUGUAUGAGAUGGGGGCGGAGAAGGUCUAUGAGAGCUGCGAGAGAAAUGUGAGGGAGGACGAUAAGGAAGGGGGAAUAGGUGAGACGAAAGGGAAGGGAAGGGUGGUGGAUGAGGUGUACAAGGAAGUUGCGGCUGCGACGAUACACUGA